UACAUACACAUAUAUACGAUCUGUCAAAAGUAAUUAAUAAUAAAUUGUAAUAAUUUAUAUAAAUCACAGAUUAAAAAUAAAUAAACAACAAUUUUUAUAAUCCACAAAUAAAUGAUAUAGUUUUAUCUUUAUUUAGUUGAUAAAUAUAUUCACAUAUAUACAUGUAUGUAUAUUAUUAUUAUUGCAUGUGUUUCGGUGUAUUUUAUUACAUUGCCAUGCCGAUUUGGUAACAAGUAUGUAACAAGUAAUUAAUAAUUGUAAUACGAUGUGUGCGAUAAGCAUUAAAAUAAGUUUAUCACUAUCGUAAUAUUUAAAUACAAUGAAGAUUUUCUCAACAAAACAAUCAAUUUUAAUUGCUCAGUAUUUUAUUCCUGGUUAAAUAAUUAAAUGGUAAAAUGGGUGCAAAUAUAUCACAGUUAGAAAGGAAUAUUGGAGCUGAUCAAUUCCCACCAAAUGAACAUUACUUUGGUCUUGUUAAUUUUGGAAAUACCUGCUACAGUAAUUCAGUACUUCAGGCAUUGUAUUUUUGUAGGCCAUUUAGGGAGAAAGUAUUAGAAUAUAAAGCGAGAAACAAAAGAACCAAAGAAACAUUAUUGACAUGUUUAGCAGAUCUGUUUUAUAGUAUUGCAACGCAAAAAAAGAAAGUCGGUUCAAUUGCGCCAAAAAAAUUUAUUGCUAGAUUGAGAAAAGAAAAAGAGGAGUUUGAUAAUUAUAUGCAACAAGAUGCUCAUGAAUUUUUGAAUUUUCUUAUCAAUCAUAUUAAUGAAAUUAUAUUAGCGGAGAGAAAUCAAAGCAAAGCUGCUACUGGAAAAGGUGGAGCGGGAGACGCUGGAACUCCACCAGAACCAACAUGGGUGCACGAGAUAUUCCAGGGUAUCUUGACAUCAGAGACUCGUUGCCUUAAUUGUGAGACUGUAUCAAGCAAAGAUGAGGAUUUUUUCGAUCUUCAAGUUGAUGUUGAUCAAAACACAUCCAUAACUUACUGCCUCAAAUGUUUUUCUAAUACAGAAACUCUUUGUAGUGAUAAUAAAUUCAAGUGUGAUCAUUGUAGUAGUUAUCAAGAAGCCCAAAAACGAAUGAGGUUGAAAAAAUUACCUAUGAUUCUUGCUCUUCAUUUGAAGAGAUUCAAAUAUGUCGAACAGUACAAUCGGCAUAUUAAAGUAUCCCACAGAGUUGUAUUUCCACUGGAGUUAAGGUUAUUUAAUACUAGUGACGAUGCUGUUAAUCCAGAUCGUCUUUAUGAUUUGGUUGCCGUUGUGAUACAUUGCGGAAGUGGUCCCAACCGCGGGCACUAUAUUUCAAUUGUUAAAAGCCAUGGAUUUUGGUUGCUAUUUGAUGAUGACGCAGUCGAUAAAAUAGACGCAUCGAAUAUCGCUGAUUUUUACGGACUCACUUCAGAUAUUCACAAAACUUCUGAAACCGGGUACAUUUUGUUCUACCAAUCAAGGGACUGUAAUUAAUAUACUGUAAAUAAUUUAUUUACAGUUUAAAUCGUAUUUAUAAAUACAGUUUUUACUAAGUAAUUAACGGUAUAGAAAUUUAUUAAACAAGGAAAUAAAGUAAGUAAUAAAUAAACAUCUUAUUUAAAAGAAGAUAUUUGAUAAUGAAGGCUUCCCAAUUGCUCCUAUUUAAAAUACGUGCGAUUAUAUUUUAAUUGUCCCAAUACUAGUCUAUUUUAAUGUAAAUUAAUCAAGAUGUAAUCUAAUUAUUUUUUUUCCUCCAUGUAAUUCAAUUUAGUUAUUAAAAAAAAUAUUGUUUCAGUAAAAUAUGUUAAAUUCACUAUCAGAUUUUAAUUAAAUUGUAAAAUAAAAAAAAAGUUGGAAAAGUAUUGUUAUAAUUAAUAAAUAAAUAAAUAAA